GGAAGCUCGACCCAAACAUGGCGUCGACCAAGCGGGUGCUGUACGUGGGUGGCCUUGCUGAAGAGGUGGACGAGAAGGUGCUUCAUGCUGCUUUCAUUCCAUUUGGAGAUGUCAUGGACAUUCAAAUUCCGCUGGAUUAUGAGACAGAGAAACACAGAGGUUUUGCAUUUAUUGAAUUUGAGAAUGCCGAGGAUGCUGCAGCUGCCAUUGAUAACAUGAAUGAGUCUGAACUUUUUGGAAGGACAAUCCGAGUAAAUCUGGCAAAACCUAUGCGAAUUAAAGAGGGAUCCUCAAGAGCAGUGUGGUCGGACGACGAUUGGUUAAAGAAAUUUGCUGGAAAGACGCUGGAGGAAACUGAAGGUGAUGAGCGUGGAGGAGACAGUGGAGAAACACAGACGCAGGAGGGUGAGCCACCAGCCAAAAAAUCAAGAGCCAAUCCUCAAGUCUACAUGGACAUCAAAAUAGGCAAUAAACCUGUUGGUAGAAUACGGUUUUUAUUGCGAGCUGAUGUUGUUCCAAUGACUGUAGAGAAUUUCCGUUGCCUCUGUACACACGAGAAAGGAUUUGGAUUCAAGGGCAGCAGUUUCCAUCGGAUUAUCCCCCAGUUCAUGUGUCAAGCCGGUGACUUCACCAAUCACAAUGGCACAGGAGGGAAAUCCAUCUACGGCAGAAAGUUUGAUGAUGAAAACUUUAUUCUGAAACACUCUGGGGCAGGUUUACUCUCAAUGGCAAACUCAGGAGUAAACACAAAUGGAUCUCAGUUUUUCAUUACCCUCGAAAAGACGGACUGGCUGGAUGGAAAGCACGUAGUAUUUGGUGAAGUUCUGGAAGGAAUGGAUAUUGUCAAACAGAUGGAAGCUCAAGGUACAAAGGAUGGAAAGCCUAAACAGAAAGUGAUAAUUUCAGACUGUGGAGAAUACGUGUGAUGGCAGCGGCUGUUAGCAUCUGUGGAUUGCAGUGUUCCCCUGUUUUCACUGUUAAUGUGAAAAUUUAUUGUAAAUAUAUAUCAACAUUCAUAAUAAAUUAAUUUUUAAAAAUACAUCUUU